UAUAAAAAACAAGAAAAAUCGAGCAGAGAAAGGGCAAAAGAAAAAGAAAAAAGAAAAAGAAAAUUAAAAAUAAGAAAAAGCCCUAAUUUUCUCUGGUAUUUUUUCCGGCGGCUUCGACGUUAUCAUCGAUUUUCAUCCACAAAACAUAAUUUUGUUUUGGAAGAAGAUCAAAUCGGGGAAGAGAAUGUCUGGAUACGGAGGAGGAGGAGGAGGAGGAGGAGGAGGAGAAAUUGAAAGAAAUCAAAGUCCUACGGUAACAACAACAGCAACAACAUCUAAUUUGGCAUUUAGGGCUGAUGGAAGUGUCUACAAGCCUAUAAUGCCACCUACUGAUGAUGGAAAUCCUUUCCACCAUGUUCCGUUACACUACAACCACCACCAAGACAUGAUGGUCGGCGGCGGCGGCGGCGGCGGCAUUGGUAUUGGUCUUGAUGCCCUUAAUAUGAAUAACAAUCAUUCUGAGCCAAUUAAGAGGAAACGUGGAAGGCCUAGGAAAUACUCACCGCCACCUCAUGGAAAUAUAGACCUGACAUCUCCACCGCAGCAUCAGCUUUAUCAAUGUGGAUUUCAGUCUCCUACUCCAUCAUCUACUGCUCCUAAGAAAGCAAGAGGUAGACCUCCUGGUUCUGCCCGUAAGAAUCACCUUCCUAAUCUUGGAUCAGGAGGAACUGGGUUUACACCGCACGUUAUCUUUGUGAAGGCUGGAGAGGAUGUGCUGCUUAAAAUAAUGUCAUUUUCCCAAAAUGGCCCAAGAGGUGUCUGCAUUUUGUCAGCAUAUGGUACCAUAUCUAAUGUAACACUUCGUCAAGCUACAACGAUAGGUGGUACGGUAACAUAUGAGGGACGUUUUGAGAUUUUAUCACUUUCUGGGUCCUUUCUCCUUUCAGAGAAUAGUGGCCAGCGCAGCAGAACAGGAGGUUUGAGUGUUUUGCUAUCUGGGCCAGAUGGUCGUGUUCUGGGUGGUGGUGUGGCAGGGCUCCUAACAGCAGCAUCUUCUGUUCAGGUUAUUGUUGGUAGUUUUAUUUCAGAAGAUAGCAAAGGGUCAAAACUGUGGAUUAACCAACAUGAAACCAUGUCUGCUCCUGGAGCAUCAGUAGCCGGAAGUCCACCGUCCCGCGGAACUUUUAGCGAGUCAUCCGGUGGACCUGGAAGCCCUCCUAACCAGAGCACUGGAGCCUGCAAUAACAGCAAUACACAAGGCAUGCCAAAUGUGGCUUGGAAAUAGGCUUUAACCUUGCUUUUUAUGGAAUAGUGUUUCUAACAGUAUAUGGGCAUCAGUGGUCUACACAACUGAAUCAUGUAGGUUAGGUACGAUCCGGAACUGACCACUGUACUUCACUUUCUUGGUGAAACAUAGAAAUAUCUAGGCUCAUGUUCUUGGAAUUUAGGUAGAGGAUACUUCCUUCUUUUCUUAACACUUUCAUGUGUGCCUUCCUUGUUAUUCACUUAAUUUAUUUUCAAAUCUGUUAAAUUUGUUUCUA